GAAUGAAUAACGAAGAUAGAAUUGGGGACUUUUCCUUUAUUUCUUUAAUACACACUAAACUGAACAUUUCAUUUGACACAUACUUUCCUUUGUUUAAGUUCACUAGCUCAAGAUAACAAUCAGUGAAAUCACUUAAAACAAUACCUACCUAUUAGUUUUCAAUUCAGCAAAGGGUCAUUGCGUCUUAAUUUAGGUAUCGAUAACAUUUGCAAAGCAUUAAUAAAAAUUCAAUCCUUUAUUUAAAAAUAACUUCUGUUUAAAUGGUACAAUGUUUUUAUCAAAGGAACAUACAUGGACCCAGCAUCUUAGCAAGGAUCAAUAUAUAGGGCGAACAAAGAUAAUUAAGGAUCCUUUGGUGAGACAAAGUCAAAACUGGUUGUCAGGGAAGUUCGCCGAAUAUGAUUACACAAAUGAUGCUAUAUUUGAAUCAUUUCGAGACUACCCGAGGAAGAAACAGCUGUACCGUAAACAUAAAGAUAUCGCCAAAGAUUAUGAGAGAAAAGUGAAAUUUUAUAAAAGUUGUCAGCGUUGGUACAGCACAGAAUCGAAAAGACAAAUGCAAGAAGUAGAGGAACGUUUUUCCAAAUUGCUGAAAUACACGUUUGAUUCUAACAGAACAAAGACAAAAGGAUUGCAGAAUACUUACAGCAAGUGGAUAUCAAUACACGGAAAACCGUCAGACUUGGAUAAACCUGUUGAACAAACUAUAACUCCACAUAUAUCAAAGAUGAGUCUGCACGAGGAUAAGGUUGACAGUCCUGCACCCACAGUCUCUCGUGCAGAGAGGUUGCAUAGUUUACGAAGUGUCAGUUUAGACAAUAUUCCAAAAGUUGUAGACGAUCAUCAGAUAUCUGGUGUUCAUCAUGCUGGGACAAUCAGUCCUGCUUAUACACCGGGGCUGUCGAAAUCAAUUUCAACCUCAGAUAUCCACCAUGGAACCAUAGAAACAACAAAACUUACGAAACGUAACAAGCACACUAUUAAGUUAACUUCUCAUUAAAACGACAGUAGAGUCACUCUGCUUAUUUUGUCAAAAGUACAUACAAGUCUGGUUAAUAAUAUAAAAUGUAUUGGUUUAAAAUGUGAUUGUAUUGAAAAAGUGUAACAACUGAUUAUUUAUCUGGUUUGAAGGUUUGAAUUAAUAUACACAAUGUACAAUAUAUUCUUUAUUCCUUUUUUGGCAAUUUUGAAAAUCAUUCCAUGGCAAUUUAUUGUUAAAUAGGAUCUGACUUUUGAGUUACGGGUGUAUUUCUAUUUAAAGCGAAAUGCGACAUAAAUCUUUCAAAAUUCGAGUACAUUUGUACUUAAAAGUUACACUAAUGCAUGCAUGAUCGGAAAACGCUACUGCAUGAGCGGAAAACGUUCGUAUGCAAAACGCACACGGUUCAUUUUUAGAUCAAAUCACUUCAACGUUAAAUUUUCUAGAACACAAAACUGAAAUAGAUUAGUAAUAGUGACAUGAUCACAGUGGUUAUACAAAUCAGUAUGUUUUUGCUUUUGAAGUAGGCGCAGAUGAUCUUUGCAUCUAUUGUAUCAUUAAGGAUGCACUUAACACAGAACGUGACCGAAAGUAAAAGCUGGCAACUACCGUCCAUGUAUAAUCACGAUGAAAGCGCUUAGUGUCUAAUCUUUAAUCAUUUUACUAAUCAUAGUCUUUCCCACGGAAUAUUCUUUUCUAUAAAAUCGCAUUUUCUCUUCUUGACCCCGAAGAAAAUAAGCGUGUAAUCUUAGGUACAGUACUAAUUAUCAAAUAAAUGAAUUUUAUGUGAUUUACUAUAACACCUACCCAAAUAUGUGCAACAUUGCUUAAAGCAGUCAUGAAAUGUCUGCUUUGCCAUUUAUAAUAUGAGCCACACCAUGAGAAAACCAACGUGGUGCAUUUUGCGACCAGCAUGGAUCCAGACCAGCCUGCGCAUCCGCGCAGUCUGGUCAGGGUCCAUGCUGUUUAAAACUGAUUCAGUAUUACCUGCAAAAUCUAUUUGGUACCAAACACGCUGGUAUGUUUGAUUAACAUUAUUUUGUAUAGAUCUUCUUUAACAAUAGUGAAUUAGAGAAUGGAUCCUGACCAGACUGCGCGGAUGCGCAGGCUGGUCUGGAUCCAUUCUGGUCGCAAAUGCACUUUGCUGGUUUUCUCAUGGUGCGGCUCAAUUAUAUUUUUUCUUCAAUGAAUCAAAUUGCAUAAAUAUUUCAUUUAAAGAAAUUGCUACACAGACUAAAAUGUUACUUUUUUCCUCGUGGUAGGUGAAAAUAUUAUUUCAAAUAGACAUGGAGUUCAGAUUUGCAAUAGUGUCAUGCUCAAGAUACCGUGGAACCUAAUUUGAGAAUUUAUCAGUAAAGUAAAAUUUAGAACUGACUUAGUAUUAUCUGCAAAAUUUAUUUGGUAUCAAACACACUGGUAUGUUUGAUAAAUAUUAUUUUAUAUAGAUCAUCUUUAACAAUAGUGAUUGCAAAGAACAACGUGCAUAAAAAAGCUACCGCAACCAUCAUUAAAGCAGUUUUAACAAAUAUAUAGAUAGAAUACAGGAGACAUGAAAAAUCCACGAAAACAAGUUGUUUUUUGUUCAAAUCGCGAGUUAUUUCACCCUUUCUUUACGUACAAAAUGGUUAUUAACCUUUAGCCUGCUGGUGGCAAAUGAUUUUGCCUUUCCGAACAGUGCAGACCAAGAUCAGCCUGAAUAAUAAGUGGUACUGCCCAAAUUGAAUAAUGGACCAGUCCAUUUUAGAAAUGUAGCAGGAUAAGGGUUAAUACGUAGAGAAGGUUAUGGUUCUUGACAUACUUUACACACUUUUUGAUGAUAAACAAGUGUAUAAAGUGUAAACGAAAAGGUUGACCAACGUUUCCCGAGGGAUUCUGUGGAUGUCAUAACACGAAAUAAACAUGCGUUAACGCUAUUCUAUCAUAAAAAUGCGUAAAAAUGAUAUUUUUUUCACAAACGGCGGUGGUGGAAAAAACACUAUAUUUUAUGGUAGAAUCUCGCAGUUUUUUUUCAAUCG